UUGGAGUGUUGUAUUGAGGGGUACUGAUGGCGUGUGGCCAUCCCCCUGUUACCGUUGUUCCUCAUUUGAGCCUCGGCUGACUUCGGACGAGCGUCUCUGGGCCAUCCAGCGCUGAGAGAGGGCCGGAGAACAGCUGAGAGGACACUCGUACCUGCUGGGGCAUCUGGGCCUUCCUCUCUGCCACCCCUCUACGAUUGCUUUGGUCUGCCUGAGUGAGGCUGGUUGCCGUUCUGCACCAUCCAUCCGCCAUCCAUUCCAUCGACGACGGCGUGCACGCAGAUGAGUCAUGAACUUCCUGAAGCCCAUAUUCCAGAUCUUCCAAGAGUAUGCGGAGCUGCCGCCCCUGCUCGACAAUGAGAUUCAGUUUGUGGUCAAGAAGUGGCGGGACACACGGCCGUGCCAGCCGCUGAGGGGCCCCUCCAAGCGGAUCAAGUCCUUCUUUAACUGCAGGCUACUCGUCUUCCCGCAAGGUACGUAGAUGAGAGAGAGAAGGAGGCAGGCCAGCCAGGCGCUGAACGGCUUUGGGAUCAUCUGCUGCCUUCGUGUGUUAUAUGUCAUAUGUGUGUGGAUUGAUGGUUUCGUUGGUUGCAGGGAGUCAGUCGUCGAUUGACAACGUUGGUGUGUUCCUCGAGGUGGUGCCUGAGAACUAUCCCCAGCACUGGUGCUUCCCAUCCGUCAAAUGCGAAAUCACGGUCGGUCCCUCAGGCACAAACAGCAGCUGUCCGGCCUAGUGUCGCUCACUUUUCUGUCUUUGCUGUAUUGUAUGUUUGCCCUCUCUGCAGGUAGUGAACUUUCACCAGUACGAGGAGUCCCUCCGCAAGUCUGCCACCCUGUCGUUCAGCUCCCAAGUCCUCACCGCCGGUAUGCACACGCAUACACGCCAACACACAUACAUCUCCCCCCCCCGAUGGAGGACCACCUCCCAUCCUGUCUGUCUGUCUGUCUGUCUGUCUGUUUGUUCAGGCAGCAGCACGUUCAUCCCGAUAUCGACCGUCAAGGACCCCGAGCGCGGCUUCCUCAGCCACGACGGUGCGCUGGUGGUGCGUGCGUCGGUGGAGCUGCCGGCGGUCGACCUGCACCUGGUGGACUUCGGCUCCCGGCAGGGGCAGGGCGCCAGCGCCCUCUACCAUGAGCUGGGGCACGUCUGGGACAGCGAGAUACGGAUGGUCAUCAAGAAGUGGCACUCACUCUCGCCGCAGGUACGUCAGACAGACAGAAAAGUCGUUUGCGUGUGCGCCUUCUGAUCAUCCAUUCAUUGUGUUGGGUGUGUGUGUCCAAUCCACUGCAUACAGGUUCCGCUGGCGACCCCCUGCAAGAAGAUGCGUCAGUGCACGUUCCGACUGCUGGUGUACCCCAAGGGCACCGAGCGAUUCCCAUCGCACGUGGGGGCGUUCCUGGAGAUCAUCCCCACGUCGGACCUGCAGCCCUCCUGGUGCUUCAACCUCAAGUACGCCAUCACCAUCGAGAACUUCCUCCUCGGCCCCAAUGGCAACCUCUCCAAGAACGACACGUACGCCUUCUGCGAGACGGCCACCGACAGGGGCUGGGCCGACCUCAUCCACUUCGAGGUCCUCACCACCGAAACCGGAUUCCUCUCGUCGGAUGGGUCGCUCUCCGUCAAGCUGACCAUCCUCGAGCAGCCCAAGAUGUCCCGGCUGCGGGGGCCGCCGGGUGCCACUGCGCCAGGUGCGCCAUUGGCCCAGCAGCAGGCGGCGCAGGAAGCUUUGCGUCUCGAGGAGCAGCGGCAGCAGCAGGAGCAGAGGGAGAGGGAGCGGCAGAUGGCGCUCGAGAAUGCGGCCACGUCGGGCAUGUCGACGGGCCGGUCGGCUGCCACGCCGCUGGGGCAGUGCCGGGCUGACGAGUGCCGUAACCUGCAGGGGCCGUCGGUGUGGCUGACCGACGAGCGGGUCGUGUGCGAGUAAGCACACACACACUUACACACACACAGAGGAGGAAGGGGGCAACGGGGGGCUGUGGUCAUUUAUCCUCAUUUAUCCGUGGGGUGCCAUAUGUAUGUGUCUGUGCAGGUGCAGCGAGCACUGCAAGAUCUACUACCACGCUUCCUGUUUCAAGAAGCUGGCCAAGGCCAUCGCAUCCGACCUCGAGGACCACAUUUGCCUCACCCCAGACUGCGACGGCACCCUCUUCCGCGUCAACCUCAUCGACAGCGACGGCCGGCUCGUCCGCAAGUACAUCGACGACGAGGCCAUCCUGCAGGAGAUCAGGCGCAAGAAGCAGCAGCAGGCCGACCAGCGGUCGAACCCUGAGACCCCACCCGCCGUCGACAUCCCCGAGCACUCCCGAGGCCGCAACACCCACGCCCACGCCCACGCCCACACGCGCAAGGGCAGGAACUCAGAACCAGAGAGGGGCGGAGACAAGGAUGCCAACACCAAGGCCGACGAGCGAGCAAGACGCGCCAACAGCUCACAGUCGUCCCACCCUGCCCCUGCCCCUGCCCCAGCAGCGGCAGUAGCUGCAGCUGCAGCUGCAGCAGCCGACCCCUACCCCGCGCCCACCGAGCCCACCACAAGAGGUGCCCGAGCGCCCAGGCACUCUGACGAGCAGCCAGCCAGCUCGUCUGCUGCUGCGGCGGCGGCUGCCGGCCCAUCGGUGGCGAGCAAGAGAAGUGACGAUGCCGAUGGACCGUCACGGCCGGCAUGGCAGGGGCAGCGGCGAGGCAUCCUGGACCUCUCGAGGAGCCGUGAGGGUCUGUCGAUGAUUGAGGCGCUGCAGCAGUCCUCAUCGGGUCACACGAGCGGUGACGAGCGGGACAAGCGCGGGGAAGAGGGCGAGGAAGAUGAGGAUAAUGACGGUGACGAUGAGGAGGACAACGUGACGUCGGAUCGAUACCGGUCGAGAGGCAGCGACUCGCCCUCUGCGUCGGCACAGACGCCUCGGUCGACCUCUGUGGGGUCGGAGCAGAUGUGGGGACUGAUUGAGGGGGAGCAUGGCGACAGGGAUGGGGAGGCUAUGUCAUCGCUGGCUGGGGGCAUCUUCCUUCGCAAGUAAGUGGGAAGGUGCAGUCGAGAUAAGCGACGGCAGACAAACGCACGGGUGCUUCCUUCCAUGAUGUGUGUGGAUUUCAGGGACGCCGAUCCUGACGGCAUGCGCAUUCGGGGUGAGCACGCCAACGCGUCAGCGGCCGAGCGACGGCGCAAGCCCCAUGGCAAAGGCAAGCAGGGCAAGGUGACCCUCAGCCUCUCCGAGUUCCACCAGCAGGUGCAGAGCCACCCUGCGCCUCCGCCCCCACCGCCCCCGCCCCCAGACUACUCCAACAUACUGCGGCAGACGUCCACCAACACCAGGAGAGGCCCGGGGCAGCUGACCGCACCGUCGGCUCUGCCGCCCCCACCCCCACCCGCCCCUCUGACCAUUGCCAGGAGGCUGCCGGUGACGCCCACCGUCACAAGGGCUCCCAUGAGAGGGCGGGGGAUACACACGGGAGGGGGCCUGGUGCCUCUGGGAGGGCCGGCAGCUGCUGCAGCUGCUGCAGCUGCUGGUGUGCCCAAUCCGGUCAUCCCCCCGCAGCCCUUCUCGCACGAGUUCCCCAAGCUGGCUGGGCAGCCGGGCUCGCGUAUUGGUAGUGGUCUUGGUCUCCCUCUCCCCUCGUCCAUGUCAAUGGCGGCAUCGUCUGCUGCAGCCCCGCCACCCCCGGGCAGCUCCCCGUCGCUCGGGUUCAUGGAGUGUCCCCCACCGCCUCCUGGCCCGCCCCCACAGGAGGCCUUGUCAUCCAUGUCCUCAAUGCCCUCUCCCCCAUCAGCGCGCCCGAGGCAUGAGUUCCGCAUCUUGACCAACACGAACCGGCGCGCCAAUGCCACUUCGUCACCCAGCGCAUCGCCACCCAGCGGCCCUGCACCCCCACCGCCAGCGGCGGCAGUUGCAGCUGCAGCCGUUGCUGCCGCAGCAGAGAGCAUCCCGAGCUCGCCUCCCCCGCCCCCAUCAUCCUCUCAGUCGCUGGGCGAGGCGAGCGACGGGCCGCAAACGUAUGAUGAGGCGCCAUUGUGCCCCGCUCCUUGUUCUCCAGCUCCUGCUGCUGCAGCUGCCGCCGCUGCCGCCGCUGCUGAGGUGCCGUUGUCGGUCAUCGAGGAGAGGGAGAGGGCAAUAUCUUCCCCGCUCCCUCCACCAAGUGGUCCAUCGGCACCAUUGUCGGGUGGUACGUCAGAGUCGCCCGGCCUGGCGCGCUCUCUGACGGAGGACGAACGGGACGACGGCAGAGGCGGCGAGGCGGAGGAGCAGGAAUCGGAGGAAGAGCUGGAUCUGAGGGUGACGGAGGACCAGCUGGUGGAGACGAACGAGCUCUCCCUCGGUAGGGGGCCCACCCGCGGGCUGUCGGCGUUCGACCUCGUGUGCAGCAUCUGUCAGUGCAAUGUGGUCUACCGCCCUCGGGUGACCCGGUGCUACCAUCUCUUCUGCGGCGAGUGCAUCGCACAGUGGUUCGAGAAGCACAACCCCACGCAGUUCGAGGGUGGCGGGUUCAAGUCGUUCCUCCAGGCCGCCAAGAAGAGCACCCAGGACGCCUCGCUGCGGCGCACUGCCCCCUGCCCCAUUUGCAUGCGGCAGCUCGUCUACAACAAGGACCUUGUCUCCCUCUUUCCCACCAACAAGGCCGUCCUCCGGUCAGACAGCCAGCUGCGCCGCUUCGUGGAGCGCAUCAACAACCUCCACAUUCGGUGCAAGCACCACGAGCGAGGGUGCAGCUGGCAGGGGCGGCAUGCCGACUACCCCGCCCAUCUGGAGCAGUGCGUGACCAACCAGCGGGACAUGAGGAGGCGCCGAGCCGGUGCUUCUCCCUCCCCUCCCCCACAACCACCCCGUGUGCCGUCUCCUGUCCCACCCCCCAGUUCCCCCGGCCCUCCAGAACCCCCCACGCCCCAUGCUGCUGUCGCGGCUCCGUCGGCCACCGUGGCGGCCGGCAGGAGACGGAAGGACAAGCGGAAGGCCACAGAGGAGAUCCGGAUCGGCCCGUUGCCCCGCUGCCCAGCGCCCAGUCCACAGCAGAUUGCCGCUCUGUACGGGCUGCCGCUGGGAAGAUCGACGAGGGACAGUGGGAUGGAGGCCUCCUUCACGGGCGGGGGCAGCGAGCGGCUUGGCCCGACUCUGUCGUUGUCGCUCGCCCCGUCUGUGGGGUCCACCUCUGCGUCGCCGGCGUUGUUUCCUGGUGGCGGCAAUCGCACCACGCUCUCAGCCAGCUCCAAGGCCUUCCAGCCGUCGGGCUUCCUCUCCAUGGACAACACGGAGGUGUCUGCGAGUGGCUGCCCCUCACCGGCACCCACACCCGUCCCCACCGCCAUCAAUGCCAAGAAGCCGGGAGGGCUCGUGCACAUCAACGCGCCACGCAGAUCACGCAGACCGGAGCCACGACCCAGCACUGCCCACCAGGGGCUGUCGGCAGGGCCACCCCCUCCUCCCCCUCCCUCGAUUGGCACCCCGGCACUCUCGUCUGUGGGCCCGCCUGAACGCGACGACUUGCCCCCCGACAGCCUGUUGUCCAAGAUCAUCUUCACUCGGUCGCCAUCGCCGUCGGUCGUGUCGCCGGGAGCCACUUCUGCGGCCAUCUCCGACUCGGCGGUCGUGCCACCACCCCCUCCACCAUCUGAAGACGGCUCUCGCGCGCACGGACCGCUGCUCAUCUCUUCUCUGGUGCCUGCUCCUACAUCGACGCCUGCACCAACGAGCUUCCCCGGCCAGCUCAAUCCCAUGGCGCCUGAGUUCAUCCCGAUGGGAUUCAAGCCAUCUGGGCAGGGCUUCAGGCAGGAGGGGCCGUCUGGUGGUGGGCGGGGCAAGGGGCACGAUCCGGCCGAUGGGGAGAGGGCGAAGAGCUCGGGUGACCUGAGGUCGACCCUUGACUGCGGCAGAGUCCGCAGCCCCUCACCACCCGCAUCGCAGCCUGGCAGAACCCUGCGGCCAUCGUCGCUCUCCCUGGCGGUGCAUGACCCCCUUGACGACCCGCCGUCACAUCGCGGGGCUGAGGGCGCCUCUGAUGUCGGCUCGGCAUCGGACGACGUGGGGGCGAAAGACCACCUCGUCCCUCGCGAGCUCAUGAAGAUGCUGGAUGGGGAGCAGCCCUCGGGCUCCGCCACCUUCCCGUCCUCUUCGUCGGCCGCCCCUGACGUCCCAUCGCAGGCUGCUGACCACCUGGCGUCUCUCCCCUUCCUCCCCGUCACACCCGACCGCACCCACAGCCGCUCAAGCAGCCCACAGGGCGGCACAGGCGACCUCUUCUCCACCAGCAGCCCGGCGGCUCCCCUCACUACUCCGGGGUUCUCGCAAGGCGGCGGUGCAGACGAGGCGGCCGGCUCUGCAGCGAUGAAGGGGCCUGUGCCUUUUGCUGGCCUGACGGGCCUCUGUGUGGCGGCUGCAGCAGCGGCAGGGCAGAGCAGCAUUCCGUCUGAUGACGUCGAGUCGAAUAUGGAUGCCCCCAGCGACCCGCAGAUUGCCACGGACGAGGCGAGAUCAGCGUCGCCCGAACCGGCUCCUGCGUCGCCGCCAGGGCCACCGCCGUUCGGGGAGGGAAGGGGUGACCAUGAGUCGACCCCGCAGACGCCUGCAGUGGCGUCUGACAAGCCUCGUGGUCUGACUGCGGCAGAGAUGGCGACAGUGCGGCGUCUGAUUGAUUUGAUGGCGAGGAGCGAGGAGGACUGUGAAGGGCUGGAGGAGUCGAUUCGGGCACUGGUGGACCAGCUGGGUGAGCAAGACGCGACACGCAAGACACGAAUGCCGUUGUUUCCAUUCACUGUGAUCUGUCUGGCCAUCCAUCCCUUCAUCCAUCAGGUGAGGGCCGGCAGGAGCUGCGUCAGCACCGCCAGCGGCUCUGCCGCAUCCGGGACGGCGAACAGCCCAUGACGCAGGACAAUCUCCCCUCGAACACGUCGGGCUCACUCUCAUCGGCAUCGCAGCCAAACCAGGCCGACAUCCACGCGAUCCCCUUCCCCUCACUCACCGCCCCCACACUCGCCAGUGCCCCGGCGCCAUUAUCGGGCGGUGAAGACGACCCCUCACGCCCACCUGAAUGCACCGCUGCCCCUCUCCAGCAGCAGCAGGAAGGGCAGGAACUCGACAGAGGGGACAACGGCGACACUAAUGACGGGAGGGAGAGGGACGCUAGUGGUGGGUCGGUGAUGCCUGCCGUUGGGACCGUGCAGCGGCUUGAGUCGAACGCCUUGCAGCUGUCGGAGACACUGACGAGGCUUCGAGUGCUGCUGGAUGGGCUGCCCAACAGCAGCGACGUUCUCAGUGGGUGCUUGGGAGGCGAUGGCGAUGGCGAGCAGAAGGCCGGGGACGAUACGAAGGACCGGGACUGAGUGUGAUGUGAGGGGGUGGCAGACAGCCACUGGCGUCUGCUUAGACACACGAGAAUACACGACAAGGGAAUGCAAUGCAUUGCAAUGCACCAGCCAGGUCAGGUCAGGUCUUUGUAUCAAUGAGUAUUUUUGUCGCCUCUGUGUGCCGUGUCGUGCCAUACUGGGAAGGAAAGGUACAUGGUUGUAUGUGUGUGUGUUGUGUAAUUGCCUAACAGCUCGGUCGGUCCUUGUAAGGUAUUCUUGGGCCUUAUGACUAACGAACUCCUCACUCACGGAUUUUCGCCUUUGAUUUUGCCGCACCUCUCUCUCUUUCUCUUUCUCCCUCCCCUCCCCUCCCCUCCUCUCUGUGCGUGUGUUUAGAUUGUCGGCCUUGAAAGCUGGUACUAGCUCACGCAUGGCCAACAUCUAUCUAUCUGAUACACUUCGGUCGGUAUCGACGUGUUUCGCUGUUUAAGAACAGUUCCACAAUGUAUGUCUAUGUGUGUGUGUGUGUGUAUGGUGUGAUCAACACAGAGCCACUCACACGGACACUUGCCUGCCUCGACAAACACAGGCCUUCUCUAGGUCUUCGGGUGCGUGUGUGUGUGUGUGCGUGUGUGUGUGUAGGGGGGCGCUUUAUCGGCUCUUUUGACGGGCGGAUUGAUGGCUGCCAUACGGACGGCGGCACUUUUGGAGGGCAGACUACUGACUGCAUGUGUGUUGCGUGACAAUGAAAUGAAUGUAU